AUGACCAUAUCCGAGGACUCCGGAAGUCUAGAUUUCGAAGAUGAUGGUAGUCGGGGAUCUGAUAAAGUGUUCCAAAACUACUUGAUGCCCACUCUUAAACUGUAUGAUACGAGGGUCUCAAUCAACCACUGGCAACUGCGCGAUUGUGUGAAACACUCAUCCACAGAGCCGGGGAAAAUAUAUUAUAUUUACGAGCAUUCUAUUCGCGUCUUGGACACGCGUCCCCAUCGGCAGGAACCAGGUUCUCGGGUUAGAACCAAACCCUUUGGGGAGCGCAAGAGGAGAAACAGUUCACCGAAGUGGCCUGUGAACAGUCAACUGCACUCACCAUCGCAGGAGGUUGUCCAUCUUGACUUCAAAUCGCGCUGUUUUCAGGAAAACAGCGGGAUACUAGUAUCUGGGGGACUCAUUGGGCCGGACGAUGCCGGAAAUUGGGGUCACUAUGCGAGGCAUCCACCGUCAAGGUCGGGUAGCGAAAGUAACACCCUCAAUACAUCUAAUCGUGUCUCGCCAAUGAGAAUGACUAGCAGCACAGUUCUGUCUGACCACAGCAGUUACAGUAACCCAGAUUCCUGGAAGGGUGUGGUGUCGAUUUACAAUGAGGAGAAUGAUGCAUGUGUAACUUAUCGACUCGGUCAGUACAUUAACAACUGCGUUUCGAUUAACCGACGGAACUCACAGCAAUAUGAUCUUUUUGCAUGCAACAACGACGCCCAUUUAUAUCAAUGCGACAUCAGCAAUCGCGGCGUCGAACUCACAAGAAGGUAUUCUGACCUCAAGUUUCCGCUGAACAAUGCAACACUUUCUCAUGACGGAAAGUCAUUGAUAACAUCAGGGGAUUCAUGCAAGUUUGCCAUCUAUCGUCAAAGUCAGGUAACAGGCUUCUAUUCUCUAAAAUAUGACUUUCAGCCCGAAUGGGGAAGCUCCUUCAUAAGAAGUGAGCGUAUCCCCAGAUAUGCGAUGCCUGACAGAUCGGGCUUCGUGGACCAUAUAUAUGAAGUCCCAGGUGGCGACCAUGGAUUUUACACCAGCUUCAGCGAAAAUGAUAUGAUGUUUGCCACUGUAUUUCAAAAUGGCACAUGCUGUGUUUAUGACACCAGGAAGCUGGAAACUCCGUUAGCUGAGUUAAGCUCAACAAGAAAACACACCCAAAAUGGAGCUUUCCGAGUUUGCAAGUUUAGUAAGGGCCUCGAUGACUUGUUAUUCAUCUCUGAACAUCAUGGAAGGGUCCAUGUUAUUGAUACCCGAAACUUUAUGAAUCAUCAAGUCAUAAUGAUUCCUGACAGAAACGAUUCUUCGACGGAGCAAAAAAUCACGGCACCUGCUGGCAGAAGAAGCUCUUUGCCAGUUGAACUGAACGACCCUCAUGUUACAUUUGCAACAAGCAUUCCCGUCAACGAGCUUCAGCCAAAAUUGUUGCCAUAUCCUAAACUUGUGAAUUGCAUGGACAAUAGCAUAGAAAAUGAUCAAACCGAGAAUAAGCCUACAGAGGAAACACCAGCACUCAGAAGAGAAAGGAGAAGGUCAGAGUUCAGGGUGAGAAGGUAUUCAACUUCCAACAACCACCCUACUUCGUCAUUAGAGUCCAUCGAUCCAUCUAUUUUGGACACAAGGUAUAGCGAGCAAAACUACAGGGCUGUUGACAAUUAUAAUUAUGUUGGAGCAAGCAGUAGGGGAGGAGAAUAUAGCUAUGAGCGCUUACUUCAGUCAAGAGAAGACACUGAGAGUGGCAUCUUAUUCGAUAACGAAAUAGAUUUCGCGGAGGCUUAUAGUGAUGGCAGCGACUCGACCACCCAGGCGGUAGUUCAACGCUCUCAACAACGCAUUCCCAACCAAUUUGGUCCAAGGGUAACUCAAUACACGGGGGGAACAGACCGUACAAGGAUUGGGAGUAAUCCCGCUGUCAGUUCUGUUGAAGAAAAUAGUAUUUCAGGAAUAGAUUGGAUGGAUGACGAAGAAGGAAGCUCCUUGAUAAUCGGAACAGAUUACGGAAUAAUGAAGUGGAACAUCAAUUCCUGGGCUCGUAGAUCGUUUCCUAGCUAUGACUUUUGUUAA